UGGAAUCAGUUCACGAUGAAGUGUCGCAUCUUUUGCGCGUUGCUGUUAAGUACCCUCGUGCCACGUUUCGGCCACUCGUGGGAUCUGCGUUCGAUCGGGAUCGAUCGAUUCCGCGUGCGGCACGUUUCGCUCUACCAUUCGAGGGCGUUCCUAACGCUUGAAUCAUCCAACGUAUCACUGGUCGAAGCAACUUGGCCCGAAAACACGGGCAAUCAGUGGCCUCGAGUGUUGUCGGACGAAUGGGAUGACCGAUCAUCGUGCCGUGGAUUAAGACGCGUGCUCGGUACGGAUAUCGAUCGACUCGCCCGUCUGUGGGUGCUUUGUGGUGCUGAAGAUCGGGACGAGCUAGACUGUCCACCGAAGUUGGUCAUUCGUAGUUUGCUUAGCCCCGGUACGGGUGAGAUACACCAUCGAUUUGGAGGAGCAGUUCAGCAACGGUUUCAUGCGAUUGUUGUUGACCCAGUGACGGCUAGUGAUGGAGACACACGUGCGUUCAUAACUCUUUUAGAUCAAGAUCACGUACUGCUGUACUCGUUGUUCAAGCGUACGGUGGGGAAACUUCAGUUUCAAAAGAACGACCUAACAUCACUACAUCCGAUAUCACUCUCAGAGGUCACGAUCAACAACAACCGUCUCUACGUGGCGGAUACGGUGAGUGAUCGGUUGUUCGCCCUUCCAGUUCGAAACAUCCGGCAACUCGCUUUCCCGGAAGAUGGAGUACGGAAAAUCAUCAUGAAAACUAACGUUACCUACCUGGGACGGCUACUUGGUCGUCCGUGCGGUCUAAAACUAGACUUCCGUGACAAUCUCUUGUACGUCUUGCAACGCGACGGUGCGAUCGUCAAGUGGACACCGGGACGCUCGCUCAAAGCGGAAAACCAUCGCGUUAUCCUACAGCAGGGUUCAAACAUUACACAGAUCAUCCUCGGGAUUGCCGGAAAGGCUUGGGUGGUGUCCGGGGAGUAUAUUUCACAAGAAAGUCACCGACACUGUAUGAAGAUUGUGGUCUAG